UCUUAAAGGUUUAUUCUCACGAUAAGAUAAGACGCAAACUAACGUUUCAAAUAUUCAUUCCUCGUGUCGCUGUACAAAAAUCGUCUUUUUCCCAAAUGCGUAAGCCGAUCGCAGCCAUUUCCCUAAAUUAUAAUGUGUGAAAAGCGUAAAAUAAAAUCGUGAUAAUGCGUCGACUUAACUCCGACUUCAGCGACAAGUCCACGGAAAAUUGGAAAACACCCUACUUGGAAAUCGUCGCUGUGGGAACAAUACAGUUCUUUCUGGCGCUCUUGAUCAUGUGCUACGGCGUCUUCUUAAUGCAGUUCAUCCUCAAGGAUUUGUACAGUCUUAAAAGCAGCUUAUGGACGGCUAUCUUUUUCGUAUCGUCGGCCAAGAUUACGAAUCCUUGGGUUAAAUCGUACUGCAAACAUUUGGACAAUGUCAAGCUAAAAGUACACAAACGGAAUAUUAUUGUGACGGUCCUGCUAUUAUUCAACGAUUUGGUCGUCUUGUCGUUCUACAAAACAACAACCAGCGUUUUUGUCUUGUAUGGAAUUUUCGGAGGUAUAUUUUCGAGUAUUAUCACCGUCCACCUCAACUAUUUAACCUCCGAGGCGUUCAAGCACCACCCCCAACUCUUCACGUUCUUGGACCAGCUCAUGAAGGCCUUAUCGUUGCUCCUCCUCCCCCACUUAACCCUCCUCUUCACGAAUGUAUACGGCACAACGCAGUCGUUCCUCAUCAUCGCGGGCCUCAUCCUCAACAUAAUCCCGGCCUGUCUCCUAAUCCACCACAAGACUCGUCAAAAAAAACCCCUCUGCCGCUUCCAAACCGUCGACCAAUUAUCAAUCGAGAUGACCGACUUGAGUUCCAAGCAACCCGUAGUGCAAGAACCGUCGUCGUCGAGCGAAGACGAAGACGACGACGACGACGACGACGACAACGAAGACGAAGACCUCCAAGUCGAGGAGAGCGAAAGCGACAAACCGGCUCCAGUGUCGUCGAUGAGCGUCCAAAGAUACUUCCAAAACGUUGGUGUUAAAAUUCUACCAAACAUCCCAGAAGAGAGCGACGCCGAAGAAGACGAUGACGAUAUUAACGAAAUCAGCAGCAAGAGACUGAGUCGGAUCAGCGCGAUUUUGCAAGAAAUCAACGACCACGCGCACAAAGACGUUAACUUGAGUGUGACGAAUUUGUUUCAGCCGGAGGAGGUUUGUGAGAGGGUGGAGACUGACAAUGUGGAGGUGGAGUUCUUGAGCGAAGCUAGUCAGAAGAAGGCGAGGUGUUUCAGUAUUAGCUCCAGUUUCGUGAACGACGUUAAAGCGAAGAAGAGGAAGCUGAAGGCGUUUUGUUACAAGAAUUUCGUCAAGGCGGUUCCGAGGACGCUGGGUUGUGGGUACUUUUAUCCGGCGGUGGUGUCGAAUUGCGUCACCUCGACUUCGUCGGCUAUCGUCUUUGCCGCCGCUCCGUACUUUAUGUUUCUUCACAACGAGCACGAGUACCGCAAUUACCCCAACACGACUGAAGAGGCCACUUUUUUGUUGACGCUGAUUGGCUUUUCGUGGAUUUUUUUCCUAGCUGGGUACCCCGUUUUCAAUAAGUUGUCGGCGUUUAAGACGAAGGCGCUGUUUCUGGUGGGGCUUUCGGUGCUCGGGUUUAGUUUAUAUGUUGUUCAUAAAUUCAGCUAUGAUAAUUUUGUGCUGUUCUCUCUGACGUUCGGACUCGGUCAUGGAAUUAUCAUGUACGCCGAAAGCAUUGCCAAUGAAGAGUUCUUCGGAGAAGCCAAGUGGCAGACGAUGCGUGGAGCACUCGAAAUUUCAACCGGACUACUUGUGAUAUUAAUUUAUUCAAUUAUUUAUUUUUGUAAUUUUGAAAUUUACGUUUUGCUGUCGUACGCAUACUGGUUUUACAUUUUUGACGUGGGUCUUUGGAUUGUGGCUUACGUCACGAAGAAGAUUUUCGUUUAUUGUAAAAACAGGGGAAGGUACAACGUGCAAAAUUACCCAGAUUUUGAUUUUUAACCACGUAAUAAAAACAAUGUCGAUUUUAA